GAAGCGGGUUAGCAUAGGACAAAGGCUUAAGAUUGAUGCUUAUGUUUUCUUCUCCUUUAUCAAUUUGUCCAGGUUGCUUAAUCGUUCAACUUUCUUGGCAAUUUUACAACACGAACCACAAAUGGUGAUUUAUUUUAUAUUUUGUUACACGGGGUUUUGGUUUAUGUCCCCCCGUUGCAUCAUUUUUGUUAUAUUUAAAAUAAAUCGGCGUGGGGAUGAGCCCCCUAGAUUAACUAGGUUCCAAACCUAUUCAAAUAGUUUAUUUUGAUUUUUAUUUACACAUAUAAGGGGCAUUUUUUUGACUUUCCGCCAUGGGCAUCCAAAAUCUCAGGACCGGCCCUGUCAAACACCUCCUUUUUAGCUAGAGAUGGCCGUGUGUCAAUUGUAACAACCCAUCCCAAGUAGAUACAGAAGUAGAUUUUUGAGCUGACUGUGCUCCUCAUAAGCUCAAAGUGGUGGGUUACCAACAACUUCCACCAUGGUUUUAAGUUGAAUAUGAAGUUAUUGGGCUAGUCUGUUGCUUUGGGCUUAGGGCAUUACAUCACUAUAUAUUUUUAUCUUGUCUAAAGUUGAAAAUAAUUUUCUUUCAGUAUUGAUGCUUGAUAUUCGCCCGUAUGUUGAUAAAAAGCUGGCCAAAUUAAUAUUCUUUUUUCUCCCAUGCCUUACUUCUGUUCCAUCAGCCAUUGAUUGCGAUUUGGUUUUCAUUUCCUUGACUUAACUGAACAAUACAUGAACAUGGCAAAUGUCUGUACCUUUAUUGUUUGCUGUUUUAAUUCAGGCUGAAUCAAAGUUGCAUAUCCUAGGUGUUCGACUAAAUGUUUCACCUGAAGGUCCAAGGUCCAUAGUUAAAAUACUAUUUAGUUCCGAUAAAGCAUUAUUCUUAUCUCAAGCCAAUGCAAUAAUAUAUUAGAUGUCACUUCCUAACAAGACUUUAAUACAAAUAUUAUUUUAGUCCAAAUGAAAAUCUUGAUAACUGUUCUAUAUUAUAAUCUUUUAAAUAUUUAGAUAUUUUGGAGUUUCAUUAGCUCUGUUCUAAAUUUGAGAUGUACAGGGUUCUAAAAUUAUAAUCAUAAGCUUUUUCUUUUUUCGGUCUGUCUGCCUGCGGAAGUCUUAUUUAUUUCGCCCACAUACAUUAGAAACAGGCAAACAGUGUAAUGUUGAUUGUUUUCUCCCAUUAUGAGGUUGCUUGAUUUCAUUUGACCCUGAAAAUACAAAAAAAUUUAAAGAAGCACAAGCUUGGUCCAUGUUCAGGAUAAUCGAGUCUAGUUUACAAGUGAAUGGACUUUAUGUAUGCAUACUCUUCUUGCAAUAGCCAGUGUAUCAGCUAUACAUCAUAUCUCCGGCAUGAUAAUGUCAGUGCCGUGCAAUUGAUAAUAGGUUAAAUGAAUGGCAUAGCAUGCCUUUGUAAGCUACUAUUCACUUGAGGACAUGAUUUGUUUGUGACUACACUCAUUUGAUUGAUCAUUGACUCUUUUUUGUGGGGAUUUUAGUUUCAUUUAUCUUUGCAUAUUGCUUCACUCGUCACUUUUUUUGACAUUUAUUAUAAUAAAUUUUUUUGUUCAUUUAUUUUUGGUUUCAGGGCAACCCCAAGUAUGACACAAGUGUCAACAAUAAAUGCAUAAACUCAUGGAUAGUGCAUGUAAAUGGUGUACAUUGAGCUAUCAUGCUAUCGACAAGUCAAUAUCGCAUUGGUUGUUGUACUUGUUGCACUACCAGAUUUUUAUGUACCUUAAGUGGUCCUAUUGUUGAAUCAGUCGUUCUUAGACACUGGUUCAAAAACUGGCAAGAACAAAGAAAGUAUAAGCUGACAGCAAGCACUUUUGCACAGGCUAUUGGCUUUUGGCCUGGCCGAAGAGUUCAGCUCUGGCUAGAGAAGAUUGGUGCUGUUGAACCUUUCACCGGAAACCUGGCAACUUGUUGGAAUAACAUCAAAGAAGAGGAGGCACUUGAAAGAUAUAAGCUGAUAACUGGAAAUUCUGUUAUAUUACCUGAAUUCCAGGUUAGUGGUAAAUUGAAUCCCGCAGACAAUUGGUUUGCAGCUUCUCCUGAUGGGGUAGUUGACAAGAUUAUUUACGGUUUGCCGUACCGAGGAGUGCUAGAAAUAAAAUGCCCAUUUUAUAAGGGUGAUAUGAGAAAGGGUUAUCCAUGGUCUCAAGUUCCGUACAAUUUCAUUCCACAAGCCCAAGGAUUGAUGGAAAUCUUGGAUCGAGAUUGGAUGGAUUUUUAUGUGUGGACUCCCAAAGGGAGCAGUUUAAUUAGGAUAGACAGGGAUGUAGAGUAUUGGAAGGUCUUAAAGAUAGCAUUAUCAGAUUUUUGGUGGGAUCACGUUCAGCCUGCAAGGGAGAUUUACAGUAAUUACGUGGUUAGAGAUCCCUUAAUUGAGUUAAAGAGCCUAUGUCCAGCACCUAAGCAUGAGCUAUGUAGUUAUAUCAUCAAAGAAAGCAAACGUGUUGUUGGUAACUCUAGAUUGUUGAUGCGUGAAAUCAAUGGAAAAUUGAUUGAUUGAUUGAUUGGCCGUUACCAGGGAAUCCUUGUAAGUUUCUUUUCUCUCCUUAUUGAUGUGCCUAAACUUAGUGGGUAGUCCCCCUCUACCUGGUGUCGAGGUCGAAGCGUCAUUGCAAGAUGACCACCUCACAUGUAUCAUAUCUAGGAAGGAAUACAUGAUCAUUUAGAUCUUCAGAUUUCUAAUAUAUAAUUCUUUAAUUGGUUGAGUUUGCUGGUUCAUUAGUAUGCUCCUAUAGUAUUAUACAAGUAAUCACUAGAACCUUUUUUCCUUCAGGGAUUUUUACUUAUUGUAUUUUCUCUGGGAAGAAAGAACUGCACACCCCUUACUCAUCAGUCAUCAUAUUUGAUUUGGAAUAGAAAUUUUCCUGCAUUGCCUUCCCCUGCGUUACAGGGUGUCUUUCCUUCUCUCCACAGGUUUGGCUGCUUGAGAAAAAGAUUUUGAGAAAGAUCAUUGGAAAGCCUAUUGAAUGAAAUAUUACUUGUAUCGGCUAAGGGGCUGUAUGUUUGGCUCUGGAUGAACAUCUGAAUAGAUCAGACAUCAGAGUUGCUUUUUGAACUUCUAAAAUCAUCUGAAUCAUUCCAAGAUCCUCUAAAUUGCUCAAUUUCUAGGUUAAAGCCAUAUGAUUCAGAACAUGCCGUACUCCAGAAUUUCCCCUGCUGUUACACAUGGCUAUUUAGAACAAGCGGUAUCAUUCUGUCUCUCGUCUCUCCUAUCAACGGGAUCUGCAGCUUUAUGGAUUCAUCUUCAACCUAUUCAAUAUGCGACAUAUGAUGUUGGUUUCAAAGAGGAUAUCAUCCACAACCUUAUGAUAAGACGGAUGUAGAGUCUAUACGUUGAACGGAGAUUUGGAGAGCGAGAGAUGGACGAUUCAGAGGAACAGGGGAGGAGGAAUAUGACGAAGAAAAGAGGCAAAAGAGACCGAAGGGCCAAGUUGUGAAGAUGUGCUAGGAAAUAUGUUAAACUUUUGGUUUUAUAAGAUGCAAUGAAUAAAAGAAUGAAUGAUAGCAGUAAACGUGUUUGUUCCUUGCAGGAAUGUUGAAACAUGAUGGAUUAAAUGAUGCAUUGAAACCUCUGCAUAAAGCCAAAAGGCAAGAGGUGGGGUAGAAGCCUUGCUCGAUCUUGUUUCUCACAUGUAUGUAUGGAGCAGGAGCGUUUAUUACUAUAUUCUCUUCAUGUAGCAUUUUAAGCCUUAAAUGUACCUUUUUAUGAGC